CAUUUGGAUUUAAUGAAAAUGAAAUUAAAAAGAUUGUACAAGAUUUACAUACGAUUAAUUGUGUUUGUUGAACAAGUACAACCAUACGUUGCACAAAUGACUGUUUGGGGUAUUUUUGUCAAUAUUAUUGGUAGUCAAAUUGUUAUCAAUUGUUUGAAACGUAUUGAAAAUGAUGAAUAUUUUCUAUUAAUUCUAUUAUUUUAUGCAUUAAUUGUUGAAUUAAGUAUUAUCAUAUUUUUGACCUAUGUUAUGUCAAAAUUUAAUUUAUAUCUUAAUUCUAUACGAUUGAAUCUACAACGUACGACAUGUUUAGCAAUGAAAACCGAUGAUAUUUAUUUCAAAUUUCAUAUGACUAAUUAUUAUGAAAGAAUUGUUAGUCGAAAACAAUGGGGUUUACGUAUUGGUCCUAUUACUGUAUUGACUAGAUUAGUAUUUUUAAAGCUAAUGAUAUUCUAUGUACGUUUCACAGUACUUUCGAGUAAAUUAUUCAAAAAUUGA